UACGAUCGCUAGUGUAGCGUCUCUUGCUUAUUGCACUUGCUAUGAUGCAGUGCAGACAGUGACACAUGCAGGCAUGUCACAUCAAAAGUCAAGGCAUCAAAAACGGAAAGAAUUGAAGGAAAGAGAAGACAGAGAACGCCGAAGUCGACAGCAUGUCACACAGUUUUGCAAAAAGAAAGACACAGAUUCAGCGGCUGCGGCACACCCACGUCCUCCUUCCCCCACGUCCCCCGUCCCCAUCUCAGCCGAACAAGGCUUCCAAAAUGAAACACAAACUAGCACGAUUGCAAACCAGUGACGGAAAGUUUGUGUGCAUUCAACAAAGGCGCAAGCCUACUUCAUCUUAUCAGAUGGUCACGGGUGAUCUUCAAGUCAGUGUCAAUAAAAACGCCGGUAAAGUCACUGUGUACGAUGUGGAAGAGGAUAACAACAAAUGCAUGGCUUUUUGCUUUGAGGUGAAAAAAAAGGCAGUUUUCCCAGUUGUUCCAAAAAAAGACUGUCCUUGUGAGAACCUUGACUUUAAGAUAUUGACAAAGAAAGAGGAGUCUACCGCGUUUACUCUUGAUAAAACCUUCUUGUUUCAAUGGGGUGAAGAAGAGGGGCAAUGGAGGAGCCUAAAGUCAAUAGCUGAACCCAGCAAGUACCUGAUAAUUAAUGGCAGCAAAGUGACCAUCAGCCCACAAUGCUUUCCCCAUUUUCAAAUUGCCAACUUGGAACCAAGAAAUCCAAUAGGCAAACGAAGAAGACUGCGUAAUUCCUUUGCUGCGAAGAGAGAGCUGAACUUAUCAUCGAAAGGGUCCUAAUCAGUUUAUAUCUACUGCACAGCCUUUUCUUUAAUGGAACAAGGCUGGUGAGUAAGUCUCAGUGCAAAUGGAGCAUUUCCUUUGUGGUGUUUUAAGUCAUGUAAUUUUGUUCCGUUCUGCUCCAGUUUUCCUUUUUGUCAUAAUCUACUGAUUAUUAGUGAAAUAGGGUUAAUAAAUGUAAAAUUAGGCCAAAGUAUGUACUGUCGAUGAUCUCAAGGAGACCUCUCAAAGUUUUCACUCAAGUAAUUCACAAAAUGUAUAACCCACGUUGAAGUUUGGCAUUUUUUGGACCUGCAAAAAUAAUCCAUUUGGUUAGAAUUAGGAAUGGUGGCGGGGUUAGGGCAUCUGCUGCCUGCCAGGAACAAAUCCAGGCACCUUAGUAAAAUGGGCAUUACACCCUGUCCACUGAGAUGCCGCCUUCUGGUCAGUUUUGUUACAGCAAUCCAGCCUUUGAAAUCCCAAAAUAUUAUUUAAAAAACAAUAUUAUUAUAUUAAAUAUUAUUUCUAUUAACAAUUAUUCUAUAUUCUAUUAAGCAUUUGUGGCAAAAUGUUGAUUACCACAGACAAUUAUUUUGACUUUUCCCCCAGUUGUUUAUUCUUUUUUUAUGUAAUUAUUUUUUAAAUAAAAAUUUGAGGUUACAUUAAGGCACUUACAAUGGAAGUAUACUAUUGUGCCGUUUGUAAAAUGACAAGUUUUACCAUAUAAUGGUUCAGUUUUGUCAGAUUUAACAACAAAAUCUGCUCCGUUUGGCACAAUUUAUGUAAUAUAUAUAUAUAUAUAUAUAUAUAUUUUUUUUUUUAAAUGUGUUAUCCAUUUAUUGUGCAACAAAUACUUAAAAAUAAAUAUCAAAUCUAAAUAUUAAAUCUAAAUGUGGAACUCAAAAAUGAGUUUUACAUUUUAGAAAUGUGAUAUUAUAAGUUAAUAUAAUAUGACAAUUGGCGAUACUCCAGGUUCACAGCAAAUGCUGGAGUGAACAAACAUAUAUAUUUUUUAACAUGGUGACUCUUACAUUAAUCAUCCAAUUGGUAUAAUAGUGAUAUAUUUUUAUUGUAUUCUAUUUGCAGUAUUAUAUAAUUUUCACUUUCAGUAUAAUUUACGCUAAUUAACACAGUCAUUUUACACCAUAGCCUAAAUAUAGGUUAAAUUGAAUGUUAACAGUUUACAAUAAAGUUCAAUUUGUUAACAUUAAUGUACUGGGUAUAUCAUGAUCAAACAAUUAACAAUAUAUUUUUACAUUAUUACUAUUUUUCAAUGUUAGUUAAUAAGAUAGAAUUGUUCAUUAACUAAUGUUAUAUACAACUUUAGAUUUUUUAAAUCUGUUAGUAUGUUGAAAUUAGCAUUUACUAUUAAUAAAUGCUGUAAAAGUAUCAUUGUUAAUUAAUCUUAAUUAUUGCAAAGUGUUACCAAUUGUGUACUUGGAUCAUAUAUUUUUAUUAAUAUUGUGGUGUGAUAUUACAGAUUAUAUGAAUAAAAACGAAUUAAUCCUGAACUGUAUUUUCUUUUCUCCUUCUCAGUAGUGCUUUACUCAUGACAUGUGUAAUCUCAUGCUUUGACUAGGGGAAAAUGUAAUAAUUUACAAAAAAUAAAAAAUUAU